AUGGCGAGCCUGCAAGAGCAACUAGAAAAAUACACUGGGGCGUUCAUAAAGUCAUCAUUAGAUGCAGGUGCCCUCAAGUUCGGCUCAUUCACUCUGAAAUCUGGACGACAAUCGCCUUAUUUUUUUAAUUCCGGAAUGUUGAACACUGGCUCAUCGAUAGCAACGCUUGCAUCUGCAUACGCUGCACUCAUCCAAUUACACUUCCCCCCACCAUCGUUCGACGUUCUCUUCGGACCUGCAUACAAGGGUAUUCCCCUCGGUGCAGCCACUUCCGUUGCGCUUUACAACACGUUCGGCACGUCCGUUGGGUUUGCCUAUAAUCGAAAAGAAGCGAAAGAUCAUGGUGAAGGAGGCUGGCAUGUUGGCGCAGAUGUGAAAGGGAAGAAAGUACUGAUACUGGACGAUGUCUUCACGUCUGGUAUGGCCAUCCGGCAGGUUGCGCAAGGAAUUCGAGAAGCAGGUGGGACGAUCGUUGGUGUAGUUCUCUGUUUGGAUCGGCAGGAGAUAGGGAAGGAAGGUGAGGUGGAGAGUGCGAAGACUGCACUAGUGAGGGAUUUGGGUGGUGCUGAAGUUUACGCUGUUCUCACGAUAAACGAGCUCAUCACAUAUUUGGAGAAAGAAGGGAGAAGCGACGAGGUGGCUCAGAUGAAAGCGUAUCGAGAAAAGUACGGCAUCAAGCAACCUCAAUGUAAGGAUCGAGUAUACUAG